AGGGGCGGCGGGCGCGGAGAAAUGCAGCGGCCGAGCGGCUUCUCCAUCGACUCGCUGAUCGGUUCGCCGGCGCCGCGCCCCGGGCACCUGCUGUACACCGGCUACCCCAUGUUCAUGCCCUACCGGCCGCUGGUGCUGCCGCCCGCCGUGCCGCCCCUCAGCCCGCUCGCAUCGUUCGCCAGCCGCCUCACCAACUCCUUCUGCUCCGUGCCGCCCAUGGUGGCUCUCACCGCCUCCCUGCCCAACUUCAGCGACGCGUCCGAAGCCUUCUACACGGCGCAGGAGCUGCCGGUGGCGAGGAGCCCGCCCGAGCCCGGAGCCCGCAGAGCGCACACCGGCGACGCCGAGAACAAGUCGGAGCCGCUGUACGGAGACGCCCUGCAAACUCUGUCCGGCGACGGCCGGGGCUGUAGUUCGGACGAGGAGAAAGCGGACGCGAAGUCUCCAGAGCACGGGAGCAGCGAGAGGGAGGAGAGCUCGGCGGACAGCGAGCCCGAGUGCCUGUCGGAGCCGGGUGGACGGGCGCGCAAGGCGGCGGCGGCGGCAGCAGCAGCAGCAGCAGCGGCUACAGCGGCGACGGCUACAACUGGGGGAGCGGAGGCGCUGGGCCCGGGAGGGAAGAGCCGGCGGCGGCGGACAGCGUUCACCAGCGAGCAGCUGUUGGAGUUAGAGAAGGAGUUUCACUGCAAGAAGUACCUGUCGCUGACGGAGCGCUCACAGAUCGCCCACGCACUCAAGCUCAGCGAGGUCCAAGUCAAGAUUUGGUUCCAGAACCGGCGCGCUAAGUGGAAGCGGAUCAAAGCGGGCAACGCCAGCAACCGCUCCGGGGAGCCGGUGCGAAAUCCCAAGAUUGUGGUCCCCAUCCCCGUGCACGUCAAUCGCUUCGCCGUCAGGAGUCACCAACAGCAGCUGGAGUCCGGAGCCCGGCCGUGACCCGCUCGGCAGCGGUCAUCUCCCGGCUCUUUCGCCCUUGACCGCUGCCGGGAGCCCGGACACCCACCCGCCCUGACCCACCCGGUCCUGACCCACCCGGUCCUGAAACACCCGGUCCUGAAACACUCGGGAACCGUCACCUCCCGGGAGCCCGGCCCUGACCGGCUCGGGAACCGGGAGCCAUCACCUCUGCCCGGGGGCUCGGCUCCA